GGUACGUCAGCCUCGACGCGGUGACGUCAGGGUGCGCCUCUGCGAUUCCCUCCGCCGAGCGUACGUACUUGCGUACUGACGCACGCAUGGCCCCGAGCGGGCGGGGGAGGAGUAGAGAGGCCAAGGCGCCCCGCCCAGUCAGCAAGGUUGCGCGUGCCCCCGUGAGACCGCCAGGAUGGUGGUGGGCGCGUUCCCUAUGGCGAAGCUGCUAUACUUGGGCAUCCGCCAGCUCAGCAAACCGCUUGCCAACCGCAUUAAAGAGGCCGCCCGCCGAAGCGAGUUCUUCAAGACCUAUAUCUGCCUCCCGCCCGCUCAGCUGUACCACUGGGUGGAGAUGCGGACCAAAAUGCGCAUCAUGGGCUUCAGUGCCGCUGCGGUCAAGCCGCUCAACGAAGGGGCAGCCGCCGAGCUGGGCGCGGAGCUGCUGGGCGAAGGCAUCAUCUUCAUGACCGCCUGCAGCUGCCUGAUGCUGGAGUACUGGCGCCACCAGUUGCAGCAUCGCCGCAAGGAAAAGGAGCGACGCGUUGCCAGGGAGGAGCUGCGAGGCGAGGUGGGCCACUUGGGGCUGGCGCUCGAGGAGCUGCAGGCGCAGGUGCACGCGGCUCCGACGCAGCUCGCCCUGGAGGAGCUGCGCGCUCAGCUACAAGAGGUGCGAGCCGUGCUCUGCCUCCAGGACCUGCCGCCUGCCUCCCCGGCUGAGCCAGAGUCGGAGGAAUAGGAGGCCUCGGGGCCCUGGUCUUGGUGGUGACCGCUGCCUGGACUGCAGUCUCCGAAUUGGCCUCUUCUCCGCACUGUCACAACCCGGACUGGCGCAGCUGACACCACCCAGUCCUUUGAGGGCGCUGGAGAGAUCCUGGACUGGAGCUGAUCCAACCUCCCCUACUAGCCUGCCCUAAUGGUACCUUCUACUGGGACUCCUCUCUCCUGCAGGUGGAACGUUCCAACAAGGACCCCGCCCUUACCCCGCCCCAGCCAGCGCAUUGGUUGAGCACUUUGGAAAGACAGCAUCUUUUAUCAGAUCCCACCUCCCUACCGCUAGGUAGGAAAACAGGACGUCCGCCUUCUGGCAAAACGAAAUUGGAUUCUGCACCUGGAUUUAGCCGACCUGUCAUUCUGUCACCCGCACCUUCACUCACCUGAGUGGACCCUCCCCCUAGGACGUUCAUUCUUUGCACAGAACACCCCCUACCUCUUGAUUGGCACAGACCAUUGUAAAGUUCCUAAGGACUUCCUGCCCCGCCCCCUUCCAUCUAUUGCAGUCUUAGGGGGAAAGAAGGUGGGGGUGAAUCCUGGACUGUGUUAGCUCCUAUGAGUCACCACCCUGUGGCUCCUGACCUUAAUCCACCAUUAGUACCUGCGACUGGCACCCUCCCCUCCCUCAGUGGAUCGUUCCAACAGCACACCCCCCCCCCUUCCUUCCUGCCCUCGGCACAACCCACUGGCAUGGCUGUGCUGGGUCUUCCAGGGCAAUGCCUCCCAGCCUGGCAUUCUGUGACCACCGAAUCUUGGGAGGAAACACCGGUCCUGAGUAGGGCUAAUUCAUUCUGCCUUUCAGUCUCAGUCACUUGAUCACCAUUCCCCAGUUCCAGACCCGCUACUGUCCUUUUACCCAGCCCUCCCUCGCUGUCUUCUUCAGUUGCCUCUGCUAGGGACUGACCUGUCCCUUUACCUAAGUCAUAGUCAGGUCGCCCAUCUUCCCUCCAAUUGGCCCCUCAGAGUUCUCAGGGUUUGCCCUUCCUUCCUGCCUUUGGACUGGCCCCAGUCCCCCUCCACCCUCCUUCACGUGAAGGCCUCUUCCAGGGGACUACCUGUCCCUCAGCCCUGAGGUCCCUCCAUCCAAACGGGGUAUUUCACCAGGGCAUAUGACCUACCCACCCAAAAACUGAAGGGGGCGUGGAUGAGCUCUGUGACUCAGAAUGCUACUUUUUAAAUACUGUCAGUGUUUUAUAAUUAAAGGAACUCCGGGGUAAAGAUCUUAA